CAGAAGCCAUGAAUCUCUUGUCUGAACUCUCUAAUAGGGGGUUACAUCCUGAUGUUUUUACUUACACCUCUAUUAUUUCUGGUUUCUGCAAGGUUGGUAAUAUGGAAGAGGCUUUUCUUCUUCAUGAUGAAAUGUGUAAAAUGGGCAUUGUUCCUAAUAUCACUACAUAUAAUGCCUUAAUAAGUGGACUUUGCAAGUCAGGUGACAUCAUGAGAGCUAGAGACUUGUUUGAUGGAAUCUCUGAAAAGGGUUUGACUCCAAAUAGCUUCACAUAUUCUACAAUUAUAUAUGGUUACAGCAAUUCAGGGGGUCUAAAUGAAGCAUACCAUUUGUUGGAAGAAAUGCAAUCAAGGGACAUUCAACCAGAUGCAUCCACGUUCAUGAAUUAGUACAGAGGGGAAUUGCGGCCACAUCAACUUUCAACACAAUAGUUCAAGGGUUUUGCAAGUCAGGAAGAUUCAUGGAAACCCUUGGGUUGGUAAAUGAUGUGCUUGAUACGAAAAUUCCACCUAAUCAUGAAACAUACAAUAUUUUGAUUGUUUGCCUGUGCAAUAUGGGUAAGGCAAAAGAAACAGAGGAGCUUCUCUUGGAAAUGCUAAGGCGGAACUUGAUGCCAACAAGUGUAACAUAUAGAUCACUUAUACCUGGCUACGGUAGAAUAGGGGAAAAAUUAAAGAUGUUUUCUCUGUUUGACGAAAUGGUGGCAAAGAGUUUUGAGCCUGAUGAAGUAGUAUACAGUGCCAUGGUUGAUGCUUUAUACAAAGCAGGGAGGUUGCAGAUAGCUUUUAAGCUUUGGGAUGAAUUGAUGGAGAAAGGUUUAUUAAGUGGAUGAGUAAUACAGAAAUUAGUAGAGUCUUUCUGUGAAAGUGGAGAUGUUUCUGAACUAUUGGCGUCACUUGAUGAAAUUGGAAAGCAGGGGUGUGUCCCUAAUCUUACUAUGUGCUGCACAUUAGUACAUGGGUUGAAUAAAGCAGGAUAUUCUGAAAAGUUAGAUGCAACUAUGGAAAUUAUGUUAAGGUUUGAUUGGGUCCAUAAUUCCAUGACUUGAGCGACCUGAAUAGUCGAUACCAGACAAACAAAAAUGCACUGUGUCUCACAACCUCUACAGAGCAAAGAGAACCAACCCUCAAAGAUUAAGCCGAACUCACGGGAAGUAAAAGGAAUGUAGUACUUUGUUGUUUUACUCUCACGUUCUGUGAACAUAUAUUGCUUCUCCUAUUAAAGGGGGAUAUCCCUUGUUAUGUACAUGCUUGUUUGGGCUUACUGUCUUAUGGGACGAUGUGAUGCUAUUGCCUUUCAGACUCAUCACGCGAGAGGGGUAAACUACUAAACUUGCAUACAUCUUGACCCCUAGACCCCAGUGGAGUUGGGAAAUUGGAAUUAUACCCCAGAUCCCGCCCUGAUAUGUUGUCAUGCAGGAACAUCAUAUAAAAUAUAUGGGUUUUCAGUCGAGAUAAUGCCAUUUUGGUACUACAUGGUGCCGCAUCAUCAUUUUUGCGUGCAUGUUUUCUCUUUUGGCUCAAUGGAAAUCCACAUGCGAAAACCGCCAGGGAACUAGUUUUUGGGAGUUCACUCUGACAAUAACAACAACUAGAGAUUGAAACGGGCGAUUUUUUCAAUGGGGGUCUCUCAGCAGGUGACUAUCUUGUAGGUAUGCCGUCAUAAUACAUUUUUGGAGUAUGUUGGCAUGCUCUUUAUGGACCAGCUGAAAUGGUUUUCCCACCUCGCAAAUGGAUCCCAUUAGAAAUGAGGUGGGAGCAUCUUGUCCACCCCCUUCGACAACAUGUUCCUUUCAUUUAUGGUACGCGUGGCGAGUUAUGUUCCCAAGCUGGCUUAUGUUUCGGCAAGACUGAGCAAUCUAAAAAGGUUAGGAGUUGCAAUUUCUUUUAUUUUCGUGUAUAGAUUUAUAUUUU